ACUGACUCUCUAAUACUAUAUUCAUAUCAUAUAUGACUGACUGCUGUCACCAAUAACUCUAUGAUUAAACCCAUUGAUCACUAAUAAUCACUUUUAGCCACAAUUUGAUGUAUUGAUUGAAUGCAUUAAUAUAUCAAUCAAUGAUAUGUUAAUUAAAAAGUUGUUUGUUUUGUUUGUUUUUAUAUAAUAAUAGCAAAAAUGUUUUGACUUUUAAUAUAAAAUGAUUUUUUAGUUUAAUUAAUUGAAAACUAAUUUAUUUAUUAAUUAUAAUAUCAUAUAAUAUAAUGUUUUGUUUAAAUGUCUGUCCGAUUGUGUAUUAAUGGCAUUCAUAACAAUCCAAAGACACGCAAACAUAUCACUCGACCACAAGAGCGAUUCAAAGCACGCAAUUAAGUACUCGAUGGUAGAGACGAGUCCUCAAACACAUACAAUUGAUUCACAUAAAAGUGUCAAUGAGUGCUACUUUGCAGUCCGAGGCGCAGCCAUUAUAUUGCCUCACGAAGAAUGCAUUCAUCUCUAUAAAAGUCUUGCAAAAAAUUCAUCGACAGAAAUACAGAAACACUUGCAGUCGAUGUUUCUUCAGCUCAGACCUGACGACACACUUAAAAUGGCUGUCAAAUUGGAGUCAAUUGGUCCCAAUUGGACCCGUUAUUUAAUGAUAGUCAGCAGUGGUGAAGAAAGCUGUUUGUUAGGCAUCGAUUACAAAACUGAGGCCACCAUUGGAUUAGUACUUCCCGUUUGGGCCAACACUCGUAUCACUCUCGAUGGAGACGGUGGUUUUAGUAUAGCAUCUAAUGACAGUCAUCACAUUUUUAAACCUGUAUCAGUUCAAGCCAUGUGGUCAGCUCUUCAAACCCUUCAUAAAGUGAGUGCAAAGUCACGUCUAAAUAAUUAUUUCAGUGGCGGAUCCUCACAUUCAUGGGUGGCCUACUAUACCAAUAAAAUUACAUAUAAUAGAUCGACUUAUAAUGAAUGGCAUACAACUGAUGAUCUCUUAAACAAAAGGCCGCCGUCUCCAGACUUACGAACAAAACCCCCCGAACAGGUGGCAACUGAACAAUCAAUUCGUGCCAAACUUAAAGAAGUAAUGAUAUCCGAGAAUCUCGAUGAAGUCACCUCUAAAUAUAUUCGAACCAAAAUAGAGAAAGAAUUGAAAAAAGAUUUGAAUUGUUUUAAGUCAUUCAUUGACGAAGAGAUUCUUAAAAUAUUGGGUCAAAUGGACGAGUCGUCAAAGAUUUUUGAUUAUUUAUAUUUAGGUUCCGAAUGGAAUGCUUCUAAUUAUGAGGAACUUAAAGGAAAGGGUGUCGGUAAAAUAUUGAACGUUACCCGAGAAAUAGAUAACUUUUUUCCCGGAAUGUUUGAUUACUAUAACAUUCGUGUCUAUGACGAAGACUCAACAGAAAUGCUUAAAUAUUGGGACAAAACAUUUAAAUACAUUAGAAAAGCAAAAGAUGAAGGUUCAAAAGUAUUGGUUCACUGCAAGAAAGGUAUUUCAAGGUCUGCAUCAGUGGUAUUAGCGUUUGUAAUGAAGGAAACGGGAUGGAAGUUGGAUGAGGCCUUCGAGUUCGUCAAAAACAAACGCAAUUGUAUUCGUCCCAACUCUGGAUUUUUGAAACAAUUGGAGAUCUAUGAGGGCAUACUUGACGCUAGUAAGCAAAGACAUAAUAGCUUAUGGCGUUCAAAAUCUGAGACAAACUUAGUAUCGAAAGAUAAUCUAAACAAAAGAAAGAGUAAUGAAGAGUUAGCGAAUACGAAGAAUAGGAUUAAUAUUCAAUUAAAUAGAAAGAAUGAAUGCAAUAAAGAGAACUCUGAUAUCACAAACGUUCUUCAAGUUCCCAAUUGUCCUGAAAGACCAAAGUCGUGGUCCGCUGAAGACAACGUAUUUGGAGAAUUAAUUACAACUAAUAAAAACUCGAAUAAUAAAUCUAAGCGAUCGCAUGGCAGACACAGAUUUGGAACCGAUCCGUCGUGUUAUAACAUAAUGGAGGCGAAGAAAAUGGAUUUUAAUAGAAACGAAAUGUCAGAAUUACAAACAUCUCAACGAUUUUCUAUAGUAAAGGACAGAAUCACCGAUUUUGAGUCUUUUCCAAACUCACAAUCCGUUAAUAUAAUCGAUACGAUUAAAGGGAACAAUAGCUCUGGUCUGGUCUACAAUCUAACCAAUCAGUUUGAAUCAUCUCAUUAUAAGCAUACCAAACAAAAAGAAGUAAUGACUGAUUUGUCAAAUAUUGAAAGCAAUCUUAAAACAAGUCUGCAUUUAAAACCUCCGAUUCCUAGAUAUCAACAAAAUAUUGAUAGAUUUAAUCAUAGAUUGGAAUCACAAGAAAGUUGUGAUAAAUUAAUAAGAAAUGUGAAGACAUGCGAACAAACGUUUGAUUUAUCCAAGUAUUAUAUGAAAGAAUAUUCAACUGAAUUACUUUCAUCGGGAACUUCAUUAACGCAAAACUUAAGUUCAAAUUUAAAGAAUAUCAAAGACAAUGCAAUAAAGAGAACCAAUUCGUACGACAGUAUUCUUAAUGAACUUUCAUUAUCAUUGUUUGACAGUCACUGCCAUAAGAGGCCACAAAACGAGUCUAAAGGACACAAACGAAGUGCUUCACUAUUCACUCGUAAUGACAACUGGACUACAAUUGUAGAGAACGACAACUUGUGUUUUGAUAAGAGCAUAGAAUCCAAGUCCAAGAGCUCGUAUGAAAAGAUCCGUCCAAUAAGUCAUAGCAAAAGUAUGCCUUCAGUUAUAGAAGCUGUCAAUCAAGUGCUUUGUAGUACAAGUGUUGUCAUGAAUAGCCUUAUAGAAAGUAUACCCAAUAGUAGUAAAAAUCAAACAAAUAUCGAGUCAUUUGCUAUGGAUUACGAACCCAUUGAAAGUCGAGUUCAACCAAAAUAUAGCCAAUCUUUCAAUGAAUCCUUACUUCAUAACAGAUAUUCGUCAAAAUGUGAGUCAAAAAUAUUCUCAAAAACAAGUUAUCAUUUGAACCGUACUUUAAAGACUGAUUCGGAAGGAGUGGUUAAACGGUUGACUGAAAACUUUGAGGCAAAAGUCAAAGACAAUAAGUGUAGUGAUAAAUGUGAAUGUGAUUUACACCAUUCACAGAGCACUCCCUCAUCGCCUAAUUUUACCCGAAACGAUAGACCCCGCGCUUCGACAUUAAAUGAAACAACUAAUGAACCAAAAAUGAAAACACAGCGCAAAACAAGUCUUGAAUUUCCGUUCAAACGCAUCAAAUCUCAAUCAUUUGAAAGCAAUAACAAUCAAAUGUUAGCUGAAGUCGGAACUAAUCAAUUGGCAAAGAUUUCUAAAAAUAUAAUCGAAAUUCAAGAACAAUGUGACGAUUGCACCGGCAGUACAUCACUGACCCAUAAAGGCCCACAAAAGUUACAACAGGGAAGAACUCAUCCGUUAACUAAACUAAUGCAUCAAAACUCGAAGUUAAAGACUUCGUUGUAAUUCAAGAGUUAUUAGUUAAUUACAAAUGUAUUUAAUUUAAAAAAAAAAAACACUUUUAAACUACUAGUCAAUCAAA